AUGACUAUCGUAGGCUUCCUGGUUGAAGGCUACCAGGACGUCGAUGUCAUCUCCCGGCGCCAGGACCGGGUCGACCGAGAUGCGGGCCUGCGUCCAAGUGGGGCCACCCAGAAUCUGGGAAGGGAAGGUGGCGAACGUAAGGGCGUGAUAGCCCACCUGGGUGGAGGACUGGGCCAAGCCUUCGGCGGAAGUCACGACACCCUGUCCGCCUUCGCCAGCGAACCGAACGACGAAAUCACGCAUUUGCAUAUGGGGAGGCCUCCCAGCUCACAGUGA